AUGAAUGAGUUUGAAAUUCAAAAUUCUAGAAGAAGCUUUGUGGUUUUAAAUUUUCCUGGAGUUGUAGAAAAUGUUGACAUAGCCGUCGAAUCCCUUGGUGGACUGAAUAAAUUGACAUCGGACCACUUUCACUUCAAUGCUUUGGAACUGGCCUAUCACCGACAGCAAAAUCCGUACAGCCGUUCGACGCCCAGCCGCAAGGCCAGCAAUAAUUUCAUGAUGCUUCACGUUAGGCGUCCGAGGAAACACAAUCAGGAAGCGUUGGUAACGGUCUACGACUUUUCGUCGGUAUUUGAUUUCCAGUAUCUGCCGAUGAGCGGAAACGCGACAACCGGCUUCUCUUCAGUGCUGGAUGACUUGGUUCCAAAAGAUAUCGAGUCGGCUAUGCGAUGGUUCGACCCUCCAGCAGAGAGUCACCAUCCGGAUCUAUUCCUCACUCCUUACGCAUUCACUAGAUCGUUUACAUCCAACCCGUACCCGAGCGUCAUGUGUAAAGAACCGGAACGAUCGCCGGCGGUUCGUGCACUGGUCGACAACGCGCAGUUCCCCACUCAUCCGACUCCGGAAUUCAUCCACGACGCUGAUACAAAGUACCCAUCGCCUGAAGCGCAACGUGCUUUGGAAGAAGUAAGUCUCGCGUGGUUAACGAUUUUGCCAAAAUUCGCCUUUUACAUCACCACUGGGCCUUGGGGACGUCUGUGGUGUCGAUAUGGUUAUGAUCCGAAGACCAACCGGGACGCGGCUAAGUACGAAGUUGUAAACAUGCAAAUGGGCAAUUUGCGUACGUAUUUAUGA